AUGGCCGCGACCCGCCGAUCUUCCCGCCUAAGCAGCGUAGCCAAACCCGACCCCAAGCGUGAAACAUCUGAAGAAACAUGGGACAGAUGUGCAGCCUGUAAGCCCGACGCAGUUCGGUCCAGCUCGUCCAAGGCCAAAACCGUCUGGGCUGAAUGCGAAAAGUGCGGAACGUGGUUUCAUUGGGACUGUGUUGGGGAAGGCGGGGAUAUCAAUCUAGUACUGCAAAACAUGCCUUGCGAGCUACCCAGAACUACAAAUCACCCUCUUACCGCCCACUCGCAAGUCGACUCGAAAGCGAGCGAGGCUCGACUAUGCAAUAUCGAAGCAGGAGUUCCACACGACCAGUCGGACCCAAACAGGUGGAUGACGAUCAUUCAAGACAAGCCCAUCCACCCGGACUCGUUCAAGCGCGUUAGGGGGGAUGAGCUGUCCAAGGAGUGGGUCGAAAGGAACGAAUGGGCCAUGACCGAACCGGUUGUGAUCGACUCGCCGGACGGACUGGGCAUGAUGAUGCCCUCGGAGCCCGAGUUUGGGAUCAACGAUGUGGUGGAACUGGUCGGUGCCGAUGUGCCCGUUGAAGUGAUCGACGUGGCGACUCAGGCCACAUCGCCCGGUUGGACGCUCGGCUCGUGGGCGGAGUAUUACAAUACCCCCGAACCAAAGAGGGACAAGAUUCGCAAUGUGAUCUCGCUCGAAGUAAGCGGGACGAAACUCGCUGAAAAGAUAUGCCCGCCUCGUCUGGUGCGCGAGAUCGAUUGGGUGGAGCACGUUUGGCCGGCUGGGAAAAAGGGAAAAGGCCAGUAUCCAAAAGUGCAACUGUAUUGCUUGAUGAGUGUCGCGCAAUGCUGGACGGACUGGCACGUCGAUUUCGCAGGCAGUUCGGUCUAUUAUCAUAUCCUGAAGGGAUCCAAGGUCUUUUAUUUCGUCGAACCCACACCAGCCAAUUUAAAUGCGUACGAAAAGUGGUCGGGAAGCGAGAACCAAAGCACAACCUGGUUUGGUGAUCUUGUAGAUAAGGUUACCAAGGUCGAACUUGCUGCGGGGAAUACAAUGAUAAUACCCACAGGGUGGAUACACUGCGUUUAUACCCCACAAGAUUCUCUGGUAUUUGGAGGAAACUUUUUACAUUCAUACAACAUUGCUACUCAACUAAGAGUUCGUGACAUUGAAAUAAAUACACGAGUACCCAAAAAGUUCCGGUUCCCAUUCUUCACAAAGAUGUGCUGGUAUGCGACCGAUAAAUAUGUGAGAGACCUUAAAGCGAAAGAAGAAAUCAGCCCAAGGAUACUAGAAGGCCUGGCAUCACUCGCCACAUUCGUUGUGUCUGAAGUACGCAUGAUCGAACGAGGGGGGAAGGAAAAGGAAAAAGAGGCAAAAGAACAAAUUCCUGGUGAUCGAGUGCGCGAACCAGGUGCGCUUGCAAGAGAAUUGAGAUGGAGGGUUCGGAAUGCGAGGGGGAUAGACUCGGAUAGCGAAGGUCCCAGUACCUCGUCACCUGUUCCUCCUACCAACGGGGCCACGGCCGGGGCAAAACGAAAAAGAACGGAGACACCUAUUCCUGCUUCCACCUCUACUUCUGUCUCCACCUCUGCCCCUGUCCCUGUCCCCGCACCUUCUGCUCCUAAUGCCGCACCGGCACCUGUCCAGGCCGAAGAAGAGAAGAUGGAGUCUCCUGUGAUGUUCAGGAACUUUGUCCCUCGCAAGUGGACUGAAGUACGACGCGACUCGGCGGUAACGACAUGUUUUGUCGAUCCGUCGUCGAUCCAGGAGGAAGAGGCAAUGGACAAACUGGUUCAGGAGGGUACAGUCGGGGCUGCCGAAUUACAGACCAAAGUUGAUACGAUUGUCAAGACGCGAAGAUACAAGGACAAAGAGCAGGGGGGCAAGACGGUGGUUGAACGUCAAACAAUCACAAGAACUCUGGAUAUUUAUACUUGGGAUGAAAACAUCACGAGAGAUGUGGAUGUGCCUAUGGAGAUUGCGAAUGAUAGUGCAACCGUUUCUUAA